AUGAUGCGCCCUAAGCCCGUGUCGUCGCUGCAAAAGACCUACGACGACUGUUAUUUGAUGUGUUCGACGGCCGUCUACUUUGAGGGCCAAAAUAAUGAAGAAGAAGCCUUGAGGUCUUGGCGCUCCGCCCUCGACACGAUCUACUAUCACAACGCCUACCGACUUCCGGCAAGCUACACCCCGAGCACAGAGACCGAGCGGGCGCUACAAGACUCCAUUCGCCAGCUGGAGCUCCAAUGCCGCGAGCGAGUCGACCUCCUGGACGCCCUCCGUGAGAGCCGAAAGGACUCUUCCAGUUCCGGGAAGAAGAAGAAGUCACCGUCUCGAUCUCAUAUCAACGUCAACACUACCCCCGGGUAUAUCGCGGACGGAACCGUCCCCGCGGUUGGUUACACCGAUCUCUCGAAGCCGCCUGCGAUCCCGACGCGUCCGUCUAUACCGGGCUAUACUAGCUCUGCCUCUGACCAUCCCUCGCCACCUCUUCCUCUUCGUCCCGCGCCCGAGCGAUCGGAGUCGCAAACCUCCAUCAAGCCCUCGUCUCGCACUCCGAGUCCAGACCGGAGGAUGAAACCUAGUAUGCCUUCUACCUUGCGCGAUGGGACCCUCAAGAAAAAGAAGAAGGACUCGUCCCGUAAAAGGGAGCUGAGGCCGGUUGCUGCGUCUCAGGCAGCGGGGCUUGCUUGGGGAAUCAUCUCCCGUUCUUCGUCUUCGGAUAAAACUGCUAGUGAUGCUGCCAUUGCCUCCUCUCGCCACACUGUUUCGAAUGAUCUUAGUGCUCGAAGAGAUCAGGGGAGCCCCCGGACCGAGGUGCCUCAGCCACCAAGUUUUUAUUCUACUCCAUCGGCUGCUGACGUCGCUUUCACAUCGUCUCGUCCUAACCUCUUAAGUAAUCGGAGGAGUUCGGAAAUGUCCGUGACGGGGAUGUCUCGAACUCAAUCGGCGGAUGAUCAUAUCCCGAGAAGGUCCCCCGCAAAGGUGGAUUCAUCAUCAACUCCAGGGACCCCAACACUCAAGCGUCGCGUCAUCGCAGACUCUCGACCGCACUCGGGCGGUCGAUCGCGACAGUCUCCUUCAAAACUUGAGCCAAGCGAUCCGCCCCGUUCAAGCGCGUCCCCGAAACCAGUGGUCAAACCGAAGCCGGUAACCCUAAGGUCAUCGCAACCGCAACCUCCAAGUGCCGCAGGCAGGUCAGAAGAUCCUUCAAAGCCGACCUCGAGAUCACGAGCACCUAUGCGAGGUAGAGGGGAUAGAGACUUGGUUCCUGGAAUCGAGAAAAUGGCCAUCACACCUGGGAGCCCUGCACGACGGAAGCCUCUCUCCGAAACCAAACGCCCGAUGACACCACCGUCAAGUGACCCUGAUUCAUUGGGGCGCAAGUCUACUGAUGUAGAUGAGGGCGACGAAGCAGAAGAGAGGGAAGAAUAUGAUGCCGAGGAUACUUCAAUCAUGAAUAUUCUGAAGAAAUUACCCAGAGGCGUUGACGCGACUGCAGCACAACAAGUUCUAAAUGAUAUCGUUGUUCGCGGCGACGAGGUGCACUGGGAUGACAUUGCCGGGUUAGACGCGGCGAAGAAAGCGCUAAAAGAAGCAGUUGUCUACCCAUUCCUUCGACCAGACCUCUUCUCCGGGUUACGAGAGCCGGCCAGAGGCAUGUUACUCUUCGGGCCUCCGGGAACUGGAAAGACGAUGUUGGCUCGAGCUGUUGCUACAGAAUCCAAAUCCACCUUUUUCUCCGUAUCCGCAUCAACCCUGACAUCCAAGUGGCACGGUGAGAGUGAGAAGCUCGUGCGGGCCCUCUUUGGCCUGGCGAAAGCACUAGCCCCGUCCAUCAUAUUCGUCGAUGAGAUCGAUUCUUUACUAUCGGCACGUUCGUCAGGAACGGAGAACGAAGCCUCUCGACGAUCCAAAACAGAAUUCCUGAUUCAAUGGUCGGAUCUGCAGCGCGCUGCAGCUGGACGCGAGCAACCAGGGAAGACGGGUGAUGCAAGUCGUGUACUUGUUUUAGCAGCUACAAAUAUGCCGUGGGAUAUAGAUGAGGCCGCGCGGCGCCGCUUUGUUCGCCGUCAAUACAUUCCUCUACCCGAGCACCAUGUUAGAGAGCAGCAGUUGCGUAGGCUCUUGAGCCACCAGAUACACGACCUCAAUGCUGAAGACAUUGAGGUCCUAGUCCAGGUCACAGAAGGCUUCUCAGGUUCCGAUAUAACGGCCCUAGCAAAAGACGCCGCCAUGGGCCCCCUCCGCAACCUCGGCGAAGCCCUUCUCCAUACACCCAUGGACCAAAUCCGACCCAUUUGCUUUGCAGAUUUCGAAGCAAGUCUCCUUUCCAUCCGACCAAGUGUCAGUAAAGAGGGACUACGAGCGUACGAAGACUGGGCAGGACAGUUCGGUGAACGCGGCGGCUAG